UUUUUUCUUCAACUUCCACCUAAUCUCUUAGUCUUACUAUCAUUGCCAUUUAAGCAGGUAGUUCAUGGAAGCACUUUAGUUCUUCCAAAUUCUCAUCUCUUUCUACAUGGAUUCAGCUCCUCUCUUGGAGUUUUCUGCAGGAGAAAGUGACGAGCAGGGAAGGAGGAAGGAGGGAUGGCUUUGGAAAUUGGUGGAUGUGGAUGAGAUGAAGCAUCAGCUGCUGUUCUCCUUCCCCAUGAUACUGACCAACAUGGCUUACUAUGCCAUCACUCUAGUUUCUGUCAUGUUCGCUGGUCACCUAGGCGACACAGAGCUCGCCGGCGCCACCUUGGGCAACUCCUGGUCCUCUGUCACUGGAAUUGCUCUCGUGACUGGCUUAAGUGGAGCACUCGAAACCUUCUGCGGUCAAGGAUUCGGGGCAAAACUUUACCGAAUGCUUGGAGUAUAUCUGCAAUCAUCCAUCGUUACAAUCUCAUUCUUUUCAAUCAUAAUAUCAGUUUUGUGGUAUUUUUCUGAAGAGGUGUUGAUAUGGCUUCAUCAAGAACCUAAUGUUGCAAAAAUGGCUGCUAUCUAUGUUAGAUAUCUCAUUCCAGGGAUAUUUGCCUAUGGAUUCAUCCAAUGCAUUCUGCGCUUUCUCCAAACUCAAUCAGUUGUGGUUCCAUUAGUGAUUUGUUCUGCAGUACCCUUAGCUGUUCAUGUUGGACUUACUCACUUGCUAGUCCAUGUUAUUGGCUUGGGAUUCAAAGGAGCAUCUUUAUCUGCUUCAAUUUCGCUGUGGAUAUCUUUUCUAAUGUUGGUUCUUUAUAUUAAAUUAUCUGUGAAGUUCAAAGAGACUUGGCAAGGGCUUUCAAAGGAAUCAUUUCAUUAUAUUCUUCCAAGUAUGAAGUUGGCCGUACCUUCUGCAAUGAUGGUUUGGUAAUUAGUUCAAAUCUGUGGAUUUUCUGGGAG